AUGGAGGAUAAAGCCUACCCAGUCGCUCAAGAGGAAGAGAAGCAAGAUCCCCUCGUGCAAUACAGCCAGUCUACGGUCAUCAUCGACUUCGAAUCAAACGAACAUCCGCACAAUUGGCCAAGCUUUCGAAAAUGGGUGGUCUUGUUGACUCUAAUCCCCCCAACUUUCCUGAUGCCGUUGUCAUCCACAAUCAUUGCGCCAGCUGUAGACACAAUCUCGACUGAUUUGGAUGUCACUUCCACGUUAACAGGUCCAUUGGCAGUGUCACUGUUCUUGGUUACCUAUAGUAUAGGGCCUCUGCUAUUAGGUCCCCUCAGUGAGCUCGUGGGGCGUGUACCUGUUCUACAAGGAGGAAAUACAUUCUUUCUUAUCUUUAAUCUGGCUGGCGGAUUUGCACGGAGCUUUCCCCAGUUGCUUGCCUUCCGAUUGCUGAGCGGACUUGGUGCAAGCGCAACUCUGGCGGUUGGGUCAAGCACAAUAGGCGACUGCUUUCGUCCCGAGGAGCGCGGUCUCAGCAUUGCACUUCUAAACAUGGGCCCGGUUUUGGGAUCCUGUCUUGGUCCGAUAGCCGGGGCUUAUAUCACCGACUACACGAGCUGGCGAUGGGCGUUCCAUGCUACUUCCAUCUUUGCUGCUGUCACCAUCCUGAUUGGGAUCUGUCUAGCCAAAGAGACGUAUGCACCGGUCCUGCUUCGACGCAAGAAGGAUAAUUUGCAGUCUGCACCACAACAUAAAGAAGCAAUGCUCCGCACUCGCUUUGACAUCGACGACUCCAAUAAGCCCGAUAAUGAGACCCUCGUUCACCUCUACCAACGCACCCUCCUCCGCUCCAUUCACUUGCUUCUUACCCAACCCAUUGUUCAGGCAUUAGCUCUUUAUUAUGGCUACCUCUACGGUCUGGUCUACCUUGUUCUCUCGACUUUCUCGACUUUGUGGACCACGCAAUAUCACAUGUCCACCAGCCGGGGCAGUCUCAACUAUUUUGCCCCAUGCAUCGGCUACUUUCUGGGUGCACAGACCUGUGCUGUUGUUGCCGAUAAGAUCUACUAUACACACACUGCCAACCAGAAUGGCAUAAAGCGUAACCCCGAAUUCCGCCUCCCGCUCAUGAUUCCUGCCAGUCUUCUCAUCCCAGCCGGUCUGUUCCUUUACGGCUGGACCGCCGAGGCUCAUACACACUGGAUCUUUCCAGAUCUCGGGAUUGCCUUACCCUUAAUGGGCGCGACCAUUAUCUUUCAAUGCACAAAUGCCUACCUCCUCGAGACUUACAGUGUCUACGCGGCCAGCGCCAAUGGUGGUGUAUACAUCUUGCGGGGACUUACGGGCUUCGGAUUCCCAUUGUUUAGUCCGCCCAUGUACCGCGCGCUGGGGUAUGGUUGGGGGAAUUCUGUUCUAGCAUUCACGGCGCUGGUCAUCGGGUGUCCUAUUCCCUGGUUUCUGUGGAGGUAUGGCGAGGCAUUGAGACGGAAAAGCAGCUGGGCAGAUCAAUAA